CAUGGGUGUGAAUUAAGUGGAUGGCAGUAGUUGUAGCUAGCGUUCUCCUGCUUUAAUAUCGUAGAACUCAAGUUUCACUGACUUUAUAAGGCGAUGCCACAAUGAAUGAUCGAACGUGUCUCGUAUUUCUGUAUUUAAUAGCUAUCAGUCAUUUCAUUGAAUCUUACGAAGAAUGCAAUUUGCCUCUACUUGACAGAGCUCAUUUAACAGCAACUACAUCUCUGUCUGAACGGGGGCCGAAAAAUGCUAGACUUAAUGGCGGAAACGCAUGGACGGCUAGCAGUUCAGAUUUUGACCAGUACCUGAUCAUUGACUUGGGUCAGACGACGAAUAUCACAUCCAUAUCAACCCAGGGUCGAGCUCACCAGAACGAGUAUGUUAUGGAAUAUGGUAUCAGCUAUGGCACUAAUGGUCGUGACUAUGUGUCCUAUAAGGACCCGGAUGGCAACGUAAAGAUGUUCAAAGGUAAUGUAAAUGGAGAUACAAUUAGAUUAAAUAAAUUUGAAGUACCAAUCAUCGCACAAUGGAUCAGAAUAAAUCCUACUAGAUGGAGAGAUAGAAUAUCUCUAAGAGUAGAACUCUAUGGAUGUGAAUAUGUGUCUGAUGUUCUUUCGUUUAAUGGGUCAUCAAUUUUACGUUGGGACCUAAUGCGGGAACCUAUUGAAACCGAUCGACAUUCAAUACGUUUUCGAUUUAAGACUAAUAUUGCGGAUGGAGUCUUGAUGUAUUCUCGAGGAACGCAGGGAGAUUUUAUAGCAUUGCAGUUGCGCGAUAACAGAAUGUUAUUAAAUAUCGACCUUGGUUCUGGAAUAAUGACAAGUUUAUCAGUUGGAAGUCUCUUGGAUGACAAUAUGUGGCACGAUGUUGUAAUCGCCAGAAACAGAAGAAACAUCGCCUUCUCAGUAGACAGAGUUUUGAUAAAAGGGCGAAUUAAGGGAGAAUUUCAUAGGCUGGAUUUAAACAGAGCCAUUUACAUAGGUGGUGUCCCUAAUAAACAGGAAGGUCUAGUGGUAACACAAAAUUUCACAGGCUGUAUUGAAAACUUUUACCUCAACACGACUAGUAUAAUCAGCGAUGUUAAAGAAAUAGAGAGAUACGGCGAUUAUAUGCGAUACCAGAGAAUAAAUGCUGUUUACAGUUGUCCUGACCCACCAAUAAUUCCGAUAACAUUCUUAAAGGCUAACUCUUAUGCGAAACUAAAAGGAUAUGAAGGUGUACCAUCUCUUAACGUUUCUCUCUCGUUUAGAACUUAUGAAGAUCGUGGUGUAAUUUUGUAUCAUCACUUCACAUUUCCAGGAUUUGUCAAGAUGUACAUCGAGGAGGGUAAACUGAAAGUAGAUAUUCAGACUAAAGAUUACCCAAAAGCAAUUUUGGACAAUUUUGAUGAAACCUUCAACGAUGGUAAAUGGCAUCAAGUAGUACUGACCAUUGCUAAGAACUCACUAAUUUUAACUGUCGACGGUCGGCCAAUGAAGACCUCGCGUCUUUUAGAGAUGGUAACUGGUAGUGAUUAUUAUAUCGGUGGUAUGAAAUUAGGAGAAACUGGCGGAAUGACUAACUAUCGUGGAUUCGUCGGGUGCAUGAGAAUGAUAAGUGUUGAUGGGAAUUACAAACUACCAACUGAUUGGAAGGACGAUGAAUAUUCAGAUAAGAACGAUAUAGUAAUUGAUGCUUGUCAAAUGGUGGAUCGAUGUAACCCAAAUCCUUGCAAGCAUUCUGGAAUCUGUCGUCAGAAUUCUAAUGAAUUCUUCUGUGAUUGUGCUAACACUGGUUAUGCUGGUGCUGUAUGUCACACUUCAUUGAAUCCUCUAUCUUGCGAAGCGUAUAAAAAUAUAAAUUCUGUAAAUCAAAGAGCCGAAGUUAAAAUUGAUGUGGAUGGAAGUGGACCUCUUCGACCUUUUCCUGUAACUUGUGAAUUUUAUGCUGAUGGACGUGUGCUAACUGUAUUGCAUCACGGUAAUGAGCUCCCUACGCCUGUAGAUGCUUUUGAAGAACCUGGUAGUUUUUUACAAGAUGUAAACUAUGACGCGGAUCUCGAUCAGAUUGAAGCUUUGCUAAACCGAUCAGCGACCUGUAGACAAAGAAUUAAUUACGCUUGCAAACACUCCCGCAUAUUUAAUACACCUGUAUCACAAACUGAGUCUUUCAGACCAAACUCGUGGUGGGUUAGCAGACGGAAUCAAAAAAUGGAUUACUGGGGUGGUGCACUGCCCGGAUCUCGCAAAUGUGAAUGUGGCGUAUUUGGAAACUGUGCAGAUUCUAGCAAGUGGUGUAACUGCGAUGCUGGUUUUGAAGGUUGGCUUGAAGAUGGCGGUGAUAUCACAGAAAAGGAGCAUUUGCCCGUAAAGCAGUUACGCUUCGGCGACACAGGAACUGCGCUUGACGAAAAGGAAGGGCGGUAUACUCUUGGGCCGUUGAUAUGUGAAGGUGAUGAUCUAUUCAAAAACGUAGUCACAUUUCGCAUUGUCGACGCAACAAUUAAUUUGCCUACUUUUGACAUGAGCCACAGCGGAGACAUUUACUUUGAGUUCAAGACUACAGUAGAAAAUGCAGUUAUCAUUCAUAGUAAAGGUCCAACAGAUUAUAUCAAAGUUGCGAUUAACGGUGGAAAUCAAAUUAACUUCCAGUACCAAGCUGGUGGAGGCCCGUUGGCAGUUACUGUCCAGACAUCCUACAGAUUAGCGGACAAUCGUUGGCACUCUGUUUCGGUUGAACGAAAUCGCAAAGAAGCGAGAAUUGUUCUUGAUGGAGCUUUGAAAAACGAAGUUAGAGAACCACCAGGUCCAGUUCGCGCUCUUCACUUAACAUCCGACCUGGUUAUAGGUGCCACGACUGACUACCGAGAUGGAUUUGUAGGGUGUGUUCGAGCGCUCUUGCUGAAUGGCCAACUACAGGAUUUGCGAAGUUACGCAAGACGAGGAUUGUAUGGAGUGAGCGAGAGCUGCGUUGGAAGAUGUGAAAGCAAUCCUUGUUUAAACAAUGGAACUUGUCACGAAAGAUAUGAUGGAUAUACGUGCGAUUGUCGUUGGACAGCGUUCAAAGGGCCGAUUUGCGCUGAUGAAAUCGGUGUUAACUUGCGACAAAACCAGAUGAUAAAAUAUGACUUCAUGGGCAGUUGGCGUUCGACGAUAUCUGAAAAAAUUCGAGUAGGCUUUACAACCACGAAUCCAAAAGGAAUUCUUCUAGGAUUGUUUUCUAACAUCUCAGGCGAAUAUAUGACUAUCUCUGUUUCUAACAGCGGUCAUCUUCGUGUAAUAUUUGAUUUCGGGUUCGAAAGGCAAGAAGUAAUAUUUCGUGGCAAGCACUUUGGUCUUGGACAGUAUCAUGAUGUACGAAUAGGAAGAAAAAAUUCAGGAGCCACUUUAGUAAUGCAAGCUGACAACUAUGAAACAAAAGAAUUUAACUUCAAUAUUAAACAGUCAGCCGAUGCUCAAUUCAACAAUAUUCAGUAUCUGUACAUAGGUAAAAAUGAGUCCAUGAGUGAAGGAUUUACCGGUUGCGUUUCAAGAGUGGAAUUCGACGAUAUCUAUCCCCUAAAGCUGCUGUUUCAAGAAAACGGCCCUGUUAAUGUCAGAUCUAUUCCCGGUGAUCUUCCUGAAGAUUUUUGUGGAGUGGAACCAAUUACUCAUCCUCCCAAUAUUGUUGAGACUCGCCCACCUCCAGACGUUGAUGAAGACAAGGUCAGGGCUGCUUAUAAUGAAACCGAUACUGCAAUUUUAGGUAGCGUUUUGGCGUUACUUUUCAUACUAUUCGCAAUAAUGGUGGCACUUAUUGGUAGAUAUAUGUCACAACACAAAGGUGAAUAUCUAACACAGGAAGAUAAGGGUGCAGAAAUCGCGCUGGAUCCCGAUUCAGCCGUAGUUCAUUCUGCAACGGGUCAUCAAGUGCAAAAGAAGAAAGAGUGGUUCAUUUAGAUGAAAAUAAGUAUGAGUAAAGAACGGAUUAAACCAUAUUUUUUUUACAUGAAAAUUUCUUCGACCUUGGAAGUCAGAAAUCCUUGGGUAAACGUCCCUUUUAUUAUGGUCUGAUUUUCAUUAUAAUUUAAAAAUAUUUGUAAUUUACUUUUCAUUAGCAGAUACAAAUAUAUCUUUAACAAAAAAAGUAAUAAAUGCAGCUAAUUAGAAAUCAUUUUCUUAAAGUGAAAAUUAGUCUUAAGUAAGAAAAUCUAAGCCAGUAAAAAAAUUCAUUUCUACGUUAAAGUGUUACUUUUUUAGUUUAGAUUGAAAAAAAUGGCUGCAGUUUCAGUUUUUUACAAAUAUUUGUGGUGUUUGUCUACAGUCAACUUCGCCAUUGCGAUUCUUUCCAAGGGAUUUAAAUGAAUUAAUUUAUCUGUUUUUCAUAAUUAAGAGUUAACCAUAAAUACUUGCUAAAAUCAUAGUUCUAAAAUAAUUUUUUUGCUCAACUCCAGUUUUGUUCGAAAAAAUAAGGAAAAGGCAAUUUUUUGGUAAUCUACGAUUUAAAUGUGAUUAUAUGUUAUUAUUAAUUCCGCGUUUUCGUAUCUUGUUCAGAAUUUAGGUUUUGUCUUAUAUCAUUCUAUAUACGAGGUACAUUAUAUUCAUUUCAAUUUUAAACUUUGAAAAAAGUUAAAUAAUGUGUAUUAAUAAAAACCGUUGAUUCUGAAUUUUUAACUACCACAGCGUUAAUUUCUAAAUUUGAAGAAGAAAAUUAAUUUUUUUGUAGUCCCUUUCAGAAGGUGUACUUGUUACCUUAUUCCAAGAUAUAAAGGGAACAUCUGUGUACAUUUAAGCCUAGAACCGGUGUAGCUUUUGAAGGAGUAGCAUCGAAACGACCCUAGGCAGUUAUUCUUUGGGAACCCAUAAGAGUGCCUUAGCGUCAAUCAACUUUAAAGAUAAUGUCUGAUUUAUUUUUCUUUACAUAUGAACAAGAUACUAACACGCGGAAUUACUUUUAGCAUUUCAUGCGUUUAAAUCAGGGAUGGCCAACAAAAUAGCUAGGUACCAAAAUUUAUCACUCGUCAAUCCCCUCUCUUACCUUCUUCGGGAGAGAGCGAACUAGCGAGUAGGGAAAAGGCACAAAUUAAAAAAAACUGCCGUUUUCCCUUGUUAACUCAAUUGCGAACUUCAUGGUUUUACACACAAGUAUGUCAAGAAUUUAAAGACAGAAUUAUGUUCGCUUUUCAAAUGUUUCUUGAAAAAUUAAUUUUCCUUAGAAUACUAAUCUCUUGCGAAAAAAAUACAAACUCUGACAUGAUUUGAAAUGUGAAAUAAUGAUACUUUAAUAGUCCAAAA